GAUCAGGUAGCAGCCUCAUUGUAAGAUCUGGCCUUUUCAGACUGUUCAUACUGCUUCGGGCGUUCUAUACAAGCAAGCCUGAGACUGAGGCAACCGCAGAGGAGUCAGAAUAUCUACACAUCUGCAUUGGUAGGAGCUUCUACUCUUCAGUCCUCCAGAGACGAAAGGAAAAUUGUUGCUAUGAACUCUAUAUCUGGUCUUCAGCCAAGGAUCCCGGUCAGGAAUGGCACUCUGGAUAAUCCACGCAAGUUGUUCAAUCAGGACUUUUAUUCCUUGAGAGAUUGGCAUCUGAAGACGGGAACUCUGUUUGUUGACGAAGCCUUUUCUGCUAACCUUAACAGCAUUGGAUCUGGAAAAGAGCUUGAUCUCAACACAAGGAACAUAGAGUGGAGAAGACCAAAAGAAAUUAUAGAACACAGUAAAAGGCCACAUCUGAUAGUUGAUGGCACAAGCUUAUUUGAUAUUUUACAGAGUAAGACACUAGGCAACUGUUGGUUCCUCUGUGCAAUGGGGGCUCUCACAUUGAGACGAAACUUACUGGAGAACAUCAUGCCAACAGAUCAAGAGUAUGAUGCAAAUUAUGCUGGGCUCUUUCAUUUCAGGUUGUGGCAUUUUGGAGAGUGGGUGGACAUAGUCAUAGACGAUCUGCUGCCAUUUUGUAAUGGAGAGCUACUAUACGUUCGACCAUCCUCUGCCAAUGAAUUCUGGCCUUGUCUCUUGGAAAAAGCCUAUGCAAAACUUUUGGGUUCAUACCAAAACUUGCACUGGGGGUUUCCUGAAGAAGCCUUUGUGAACCUGACUGGUGGCAUAACUAUGACAUUUGACCUUAAGAAUGAACAAUUCCAGAGGAAUUACCUCUGGCACAUGGUCAACAAUGCGAGUCCAGACACAUUGAUGGCCUGUGUCCAUAGCCAACAGGAGGGAACACCGAGGAAUCGAAGUAUGAGUGUGCCAGUGGUGAAAGAAGCUCUUGACUUCCGGAGGGGAAGCGAACCAAUCACUUAUAUUGCAGAUAAUCCGGUACUCAGUAACGGUCUGGUGCAGUCUCAUGCUUAUUGUAUAACAGACACUGCACAGGUCGAAGUAAAAAAUGGAUGUGUUAAAUUAAUUCGGCUCUGGAAUCCUUGGGGUCAAGGAGAAUGGAGAGGAGCCUGGAAUGAUAAAAGUUUGACUUGGAAGGAACUAAGAGAGGAGGACAGGCAGACGCUGCGGAGGGUCAGGGAAGACGGUGAAUUCUGGAUGUCUUGGGAAGAUUUUUCUCUGGAGUUUUCCAUAAUUAUCCUCUGCAAUCACAUCCCAGACUUCCUGGACUGUGGAGAGCAGCAAAGGCGAUGGUACAAGAGAAUGUUCUGGAACCGCUGGACCAAAGAUGAGUUGUUCAGCAGGAACCCUCAAUACAUGAUAACCGUGACGUCCUCUGAUGAGGUGAACAAAGGGUACAAUGUGGUCAUAUCGCUAAUGCAAAGUAGCAGGAAUCGACAAAAAUUUGGAGGUCAAUGGCUCCCUAUUGGAUUUAAGGUCUUUAAGGUGGAAUCUCAGUUCCAGGACACACGAGAGCCGCUUCCAGCUUCCUUCUUUAACCAAGACAAACUCUCAAAGUUGGAGGCUUGCAGACAGCGUGACGCUACAAUGAGCUAUAAGCUGGCAGCGGGGAAAUAUGUAGUUGUCCCAUAUACAGUAGAGAGAGAAAAGGAACCUUCAUAUCUGCUUCAGAUAUUCCUAAGGAGCAAAGACGCUGCAAUUGAGCUGGGCUCAGUAGAAAGCAUCAAGGAACCCAAACCUCAGCCAUGUGAAAACGUCAUCAGGCUCUCUGCCAAUAAGUCUGGGUGUGUCGAGGAGCGUGGUACUGCUGGUAGAGUCGUGGGUUCUGGGAACAGGGGACCUGAGGAAACAGUGGCUCCUUUGGGGGAACAUGAAACUUACAAAAGUAUCUUCAAGCGUUACGCUACCAAGGAGGUUAUAAUGAAAUCCCAGAGUUUACAGAAGUGUCUAAAUGAAGUCUUUAUAAAAGAAUUUCCAAAUCCAAAUGGAUUCAAAUUCACAAUUGAUGGCAGCCGUGGAUUGCUGGCAUCGAUGGAUCAUGCCGGAAGAGGUGCACUGGAGAUUGAGAAUUUCUGUCGCUUGUGGAGAUACCUUACCCAGUUUAAGGAUAUAUUUGCCGACAUUGAUAGUAAUCGCUGUGGUUUCUUAAAUUCGGGGGAACUCCGCAAAGCAGUGAAUCGCACAGGACUUAACAUCAGCAAAGACUUACUUAACCGGAUGAUUGCUCGCUUUGGGGAUUCUGAAGAUAAACUAAACUUUGUAGACUAUCUGCUGUGUAUGGUGCGCUUAAAAACUGUUUCAAAAACCUUCUUCACGCUCUCAGACGAUGGGAAAGGAGUUUACAUUAAUCAGGAAAAGUUUAUGGCACUGAUGAUGUGAAGAUUAAUAAUUGGCGUUCCUCCAUCCAUAACAAGGAAUCUCAAACAAGAUUGAGCCCUGCCUGUAUCUACAUAAAUCCUAACAUCUCAAGCGUGACAACACCAUGGAUAUUAAUAUUCUAGAGAAAGGCUGCUGGCCUGCGGAGGAGCCAUGAAUGCUGGGCUCACAGUGAUGGUGUUAUGUUUGAUUUAUGUUUAUUGGUUUGUUCUAUUUUGAUAUGUUGUGGAGGUCUAAUAUAAUGUUGGGUUGUGGUGAGUGGCAAGUGCUCUACUGACACCUCCACCCUUUCAUUCUGUUUAACCCUUUGUUUUUUUGGUGGCUCUAUUAUGUUUCCACCAGUAUUUUGUUACUAUUUCAUGCUUAAACAGUCGAGUAUGUACUAAAAGUAUACUGUAUCCUCAGUAAGAACACAUUUUUUAUUAUUUUUCCCGACCAGUUUCAAAUAGUACUGUAUUUUCACAAUUUUACUUGUCUGCUGAUCCAUUUUUUUUAAUUACAACAUUUCAUAUACAAACUUGUAAAUACUGAUCUUUAUAUCAAUGAUUGGGAAAAUAAACACAGCAGAAAUAGGUUCAGUUAAUAUAGAGAGUCAGUUUUCAAUUUGGUCAGGUUUGACCCAUAGACUUUUUACUGAGAGAAACAGUGAAGCAUACAUCCUGUGCAGCACAAUUUCAGAAUUAGAACCUGUAUAGAUAAUGAAUAUAUAUGACUGCCCCCAUGUACAUAUAUAAUUAACAAGAUUAUUUAUGGUAAUCAUUUAUGCUAAUCAAGAACCCAGUUUCCCUUUCAAGACAUGGCCUAUGUUUGGCGUAUGUUUUCAGUUGAGUAUCACUCUGGAAAAGAGCCCGGACUCUGGAAAACACAGAAAUAGAGCUUUGGUUGAUGUUUUGACAUGGUUAUUAUUAUUGUAUUUUAUGUUAUAUACCUCAAUAAAAUUGUGACAUACUUUUUACUAAACCCAGGACCCUGCAUUCACUAAAUCUGGUCUCCCACAGUACACAGAACAUGGAAAUCCAAUUAUUUUACUAAAUAUAAACCUGCCAUUCUAUUAAUUUUUUUUAAAUAA